AUGAAAUUCUCUCUGAAACUCCCUGAUAAUCAAGACCACAAAUCCCCAAUCGUAAAGGGGAAACUCCCAAUCACCAUGUUCAAUCAACCCUUCACUUCCUCUUUCACUUCCGCCAUUAAUUCCUCUUCCGACCUCUCCUUUUCCCUUUCCACUAAUUUCCCUUCCGGCCCUUGUUUGAAGCUCACUUACUCUCCUCUACCGCCCUCUUCUUCCGCCGCCUCCACGACUUGUCCGUUUACUCUCUCUCUCAAAUCUGGGUUAGGGCUUUUUGGCUCACCGGAGGAUUCUCCUCUUGUGUUUUCGUCUCGAUUUUCUCUUUCCCUUACGAAACCCUUUGUUCCCACUUUCUCUCUUCUCUUCAAACCCCAAUUUGGUCAUUUUUGUCUCAAGAAGAGUACUGUUUCGAGCGUUAAUGAUCGGUUUUCUGUGUUUCAACCCAACGAUGGGGUUCGCUUGGAUUCUGGGUCGGAUUCGAAUCCGAAAUUUGGUAAUGGGUUUGCUGUAGAUGAAUCGAUGGGAUGGCAGGAGCUGAAGCUUGAGAGUAGUAGUAGCAGCCAUGGUUCUCAGGAGGAGUUUGGAGGAAUUCAGAAACGUUUGGCUGAGACGAAAAGCAUUAGUGAUAGUGUUUUGUCUGGUGUUGCUGUAAUGGCAAGAACGGCCAUUCCUGUUACUAACCGGAUGGCUGUGAAUUUCCGGUGGGGGAUGAAUUUUCCGACGAAUCCGGUGCUGAAAAUGCCAUUUCUAACUGUGAAUAAGAUAUCAGUGGAGAGAGUGGAAGAGGAGAAGGAAGAGAAGAAGAAGAAGAAGAAAAGAGGGGAGGACCAAGGGGGAGAUGUGGAAUUGUUGAAGGGUAUGUUGUUUUGGAUGAAGAAUGAUGUGGAAAGUUUGGAGAAAGAGAAUAGAGAGAUGAAGCAACUUCUAGAGGAGAUAAAGCUUGGAAGUGUGGCUAAUAGGGCUGCACCAUCUUCUGGUUCGAGCUAUGGCGAUGUCGUCGAGCCAUGGAGGAGGGAAGAAAGCAAGUCCAAGAACAGUAGGAAUGGUGGACAAGAAAAUGAUUGGAGGAAAAAGAAGAGUUCUGAAGAAGAGAACGAGGGUAAGAACAGCAGGAAAGGCCAUCGUUCCACGAAUCGAGUGAACGAAGUUGAAUCCGAAUUGGAGAGAGCUAUCAAGGCUGCUUCCCAAGCCAAGGCUUGA